AUGAAUGAUGAAGAAUUGCUAUGGAGAGCUUCGACGGCUCCUCGGAUUUCUGAAUAUCCAUUCCAUCGAGUCCCAAAAGUUGCUUUCAUGUUCUUGACAAAGGGACCUGUACAUUUGGCCCCAUUGUGGGAGAAGUUCUUCAAAGGGCAUCAAGGCUUGUACUCAAUUUAUGUUCACUCAGAUCCAUCUUACAAUGCAUCAUCACACCCAGAAAGUCCUGUUUUUCAAGGCAGAAGAAUUCCAAGUCAGAAAGUAAAAUGGGCACAGGUGAACAUGAUUGAGGCUGAAAGCCGCCUAAUUGCGAAUGCUCUUCUCGAUAUCUCAAACCAGCGCUUCGUUCUCCUCUCGGAAGCAUGCAUUCCCCUAUACAACUUCUCCACUAUCUACACUUACCUCCUAAACUCCCAAGAAACUUUUGUGGAGGUCUAUGAUGAUCCAAGUUCAGUUGGACGCGGCCGAUAUAAUUCAAGUUACUACCCAAUAUUGGAUCAGUGGAGGAAAGGGUCACAGUGGGUGGAAAUUGAUAGAGACAUUGCCAUUGAAGUUGUCUCGGAUCGGACAUACUUGCCAGCCUUCCGGUUGGGCAACCGCUCUUGUUUUGCUGAUGAACAUUACUCGCCAACAUUUGUGAACCUAAAAUUUUCGGCAAAGAAUUUAAACAGGAGUGUCACCUGGGUUAAUUGGUCUACUCGUGGCCCGCACCCUGUCGAGUACAAUAGCUCAUCGGCCGAGCUUCUGAACACCCUGCGCAAUGGUAAUGGUCAGAGAUGUUUAUAUAAUCGAAGGAGAAGCAAUGUUUAUUUCUUAUUCGCCAGGAAGUCCCGGCCUUCUGCUUUGGAUAGCCUUCUCAGGCUUGCCCCCAAGAUCAUGCACUUCAACACAGAUUCUUAAAGUAAUUUUAUCAGCAUUUGGGUUCUCAUCAUUUGAGUUGUAUCUGGAAACUGUUUGGUAUUGAAUGUCUACACUAGUGUUUCUCUCGGGCAUUUUA